AUGUCUACAAAGGAUUUGAAAGAAGAGAUCGAUGAUGUACCAUCAGUAGACCCUGUCGUUUCAGAAACAGUCAAUUCUGCUCUAGAGCAAUUGCAACUAGAUGACCCAGAAGAAAACGCUACCCUCAACGCAUUUCCCAAUGAAGUCUCACAGGAUCCUCAAUUUGCUAACGCUCCGCCAUCACAAAUGUUUCCACAUCCACAAAUAAUGGGUGGGAUGGGCUUUAUGCCUUACUCCCAGAUGAUGCAGGUUCCUCAUAAUCCUGGUCCAUUUUUCCCGCCCCCUGAUUUCAAUGAUCCAACAGCACAGUCAAGUAGCUCGCCGUUGAAUGCGAGCGGUCCACCGAUGUUAUUCAAGAAUGACUCUCUUCCUUUUCAAAUGCUCUCUUCCGGUGCUGCGGCAGCAACGCAAGGUGGACAAAAUCUAAACCCAUUGAUUAAUGACAGUUCAAUGAAAAUAUUACCGAUCGCCUCGGCUGAUCCGUUAUGGAUUCCUUCAGAAGUUCCGGGAUCUGCAUCUGUGGCCAUUGAAGAUACUACUGCUACUCAGCAAGAAGGCUUACCACCUAAGGGCGCUGAGUCUAAUAAUAAGGCUAGUUCGUUCAGAAGACAAACUUUUCAUGCUUUGUCACCCACUGACCUUAUCAAUGCUGCCAAUAAUGUAACCCUGUCAAAGGAUUUCCAAUCCGAUAUUCAGAAUUUUUCUAAGGCGAAGAAACCCUCUGUAGGAGCCAAUAAUACUGCGAAAACUAGAACCCAAUCCAUAUCUUUUGACAAUACACCCUCCUCGACGUCAUUCAUACCCCCAACCAAUAGUGUUUCUGAGAAAUUAUCUGAUUUUAAAAUUGAAGAAACAUCGAAGGAGGAUUUGAUCAGUAAAACUGCUCCAGUUAGGAAAGAGAGUAGCCCUACAGUUUAUGCAGCAGCAUAUCCAUAUGGGGGACCUCUGCUUCAACCGAAUCCCAUUAUGCCAGGCCAUCCACAUAAUAUAUCCUCACCUAUUUAUGGCAUUAGAUCACCUUUUCCUAAUUCUUAUGAAAUGGGUGCGCAGUUCCAGCCUUUUUCUCCUAUUUUAAAUCCUGCAAGUCAUUCACUAAAUGCGAAUUCUCCAAUUCCUUUAACCCAAUCACCAAUUCAUCUUGCGCCAGUUUUAAACCCUAAUUCACAUUCAGUUGCCUUUUCAGAUAUAAAAAAUGGUGGUGGUAAGUCUACUACCGAUAACGACAAGAUGGGUCCAAAUAUGAGAAUGGAUUCGAUAAACCCCAAUCUUGGGCCAUCAAUGCAACCGUUCCACAUGUUACCUCCUCAGCAAAACACCCCUCCUCCUCCUUGGUUGUAUGGCACUCCACCUCCCUUUAACGCAAUGGUCCCGCCCCAUUUAUUGGCUCAAAAUCAUAUGCCGUUAAUGAAUAGCGCCAGUAAUAAACAUCAUAGCCGUAAUAAUAAUAACAUGUCAAAUAAUAACAGUGACAACAUUGGUAAUUCUAAUUACAACAGGAAAGAUACAGGGCGCUCUAACGUUGGUAAGAUGAAAAACAUGAAAAGCAAUUAUCAUGGCUAUUAUAAUAACACUAAUAACAGUAAUAACAAUAAUAAUAGUAAUGGUAAUAGCAAUGGUACCGACAGCAACAACAUGGAAAAACAACGUAAAAUUGAGGAGUCCUCAAGAUUUGCGGACGCUGUCUUAGACCAAUACAUCGGAAAUAUCCACUCAUUGUGUAAGGACCAACAUGGCUGUCGUUUCCUGCAAAAGCAGUUGGAUAUCCUCGGUAGCAAAGCAGCGGACGCAAUUUUUGAAGAAACUAAGGACUAUACUGUCGAAUUGAUGACCGAUUCCUUUGGUAAUUAUUUGAUCCAGAAAUUACUGGAAGAGGUUACCACAGAACAAAGAAUUGUACUUACAAAGAUAUCUUCUCCUCAUUUUGUCGAAAUUUCUUUAAAUCCUCAUGGUACUAGAGCAUUACAAAAAUUGAUUGAAUGUAUUAAAACAGAUGAAGAAGCACAGAUCGUUGUUGAUUCUUUACGUCCUUACACUGUUCAAUUGAGUAAAGAUUUAAAUGGUAACCAUGUUAUUCAAAAAUGUUUGCAAAGGUUGAAACCCGAAAACUUUCAGUUUAUCUUCGACGCAAUAUCCGAUAGCUGUAUUGAUAUUGCUACUCAUAGACACGGGUGUUGCGUUUUGCAACGUUGUUUAGAUCACGGGACUACACAACAAUGUGAUAAUCUGUGUGAUAAGUUGCUAGCCCUUGUUGAUAAAUUAACUUUAGAUCCAUUUGGUAACUAUGUGGUGCAAUAUAUAAUUACCAAAGAAUCUGAAAAAAACAAAUACGAUUACACGCAUAAAAUUGUUCAUCUAUUGAAGCCAAGAGUCAUUGAACUUUCCAUUCAUAAAUUUGGAUCAAAUGUGAUCGAAAAAAUCUUGAAGACACCUAUCGUUUCAGAGCCAAUGAUACUGGAAAUCUUGAAUAAGGGUGGUGAGACAGGUAUUCAAUCAUUGUUGAAUGACAGCUACGGCAAUUACGUUUUACAGACAGCAUUAGACAUUUCUCAUAAGCAAAAUGACUAUCUCUAUAAAAGACUAUCAGAGAUUGUGGCACCUUUGUUAGUAGGCCCUAUAAGAAACACACCUCAUGGUAAAAGAAUCAUCGGAAUGUUACAUUUAGAUUCUUAA